AACAGUAACACAAAUAUAUCCUCUUUCUCUCCUUGCCGCCUAGACCAGGAGCUCAUGGCUAUGCAGAUGGCGACCGCCGGAGAUGAUGAAGCCGACUUCCUGUCAGAUCCCGUCGACAGAUUUCCGCUCUCAGAUCUUGCUGCGGGACAGCCCUUGUUUGAUAAUGAGAAGUACAAAUCCAUGGAGUGUGAGCCUGCUGAAUCAAGCAUUGGUGAUGUAGGAGAUGCUCCGGUCAACAGCAAUUGCGGUGCAAUUGCCUUGUACGCACAAGUACCUGAGGAAUCUACCACGCCUGAAGCCCUAGGCUGGACAAAGAGAAUCCGUGUCGGGGCAGCAUCUAGUGAGCGCCACCCUUGUGCUGACAGGGUGAGUGCUUUGGAAGAAACCUUACGAAGAUAUGCCGAAAAGAAAACUGACACUGUCGUAGUUCCUGCUAUGGGUACCAAAUUUGAUUCACUUGGAGAUGCCUACGAUUUCUACAAUCUCUACUCAUGGGAGAUUGGUUUUGGAGUUAGAUACGGGAAAAGGCGGCUAAAUGUGGGAAGAACAAAAUGUAUGCAGGAGAUAGUUUGUGGAUGCUCUGGGAUACCAAAGAAGAGUAAUAUAAGAACUUGCCGAUGCAGAUGCCCUGCAAUGAUAAGACUGCUUCGAUCAAGCGGCAAUGGCUGGUACAUAACUGAGUACAGGGCAGAUCACAACCACGCGCUGACUGAAAAAUAUGGUGAGAAAAUAUACUGGCCUUCACACAAGCAUAUUGACAUAUACACGCGAGAUGUUAUCAAGCAACUCCGCGAAAAUAAUAUUAGCAUUGGAAAGGUGUAUAAUAUUAUUGGUAGCUUCUUUGGUUCAAUGAGCAAUGUACCAUUCAGCAAGAGAGCGUUGCGAGGGCUGUGUGGCAAGAUCAGCAGAGAGCAAGCUGACAAUGAUGUGAAGAAGACCGUCGAUGUCUUUGCUGAGCUGGGAGCAACAGAUUCUGGGUUGUACUAUAGAGUACAACUUGAUCAAGACAGCCGCAUAAGAAAUUUGUUAUGGUCAACCGGAGCUAGCAGAGCACAAUACCACUAUUUUGGAGAUGCCAUUACAUUCGAUACAACAUACCGCACAAACAUGUAUGACAUGCCAUUUGGAUUAUUUGCAGGAGUCAAUAAUCACUUUCAGAGUAUCAUUUUUGACGGGGUGCUAGUCAGAGAUGAAACAGAGGAGAGGUUUGAAUGGGUCUUCACUGAGUUCAUCCGCAUGAUGGGGGGAAGAAGCCACAAACAAUACUCACUGAUCAAUCCCGAGCAAUGGAGUUAGCUAUAAAGAAAGUGAUGCCAGAUACUACUCACCGUUGGUACAAGUGGCAUGUGCUCAAGUGGGCAAAAGAAUUUCUUGGGCAACAUUACACAAAGCGAAGCAAAUUCAUGUCAGAAUUUCACAAGAUAAUACAUCACAUGCUCACAGUUGACGAAUUUGAGACUGCAUGGAAACAACUCAUUGAAACAUAUGGUUUACAAAAACACCACUAUCUGACCCAAAUAUAUGAAACAAGGAAAAAGUGGGCAAAGCCAUAUUUCCAUGGCAAAUUUUGUGCAAAGAUGACAAGCACACAACGCAGCGAGAGUGCAAACCAUAUGUUGAAAACUUAUGUCCAAGCUAGUUUCCCAAUGCAUCUGUUUGUUCGCCAGUUCAUGAGGCUUCUUUUUGAUAGAGAAGCAAAUGAGAACUAUGAAGAAAGAAGAACAAAGAUAGUAGCCCCGGUGCUGAAGCUGAAGACACCAAUCGAGUUGCAUGCCAGCAAAAUCUACACACGGGCCAUUUUUGAGAAAUUUGUAGAAAUCAUAUGUGAAGCAGGACAAUACAAGGUAGAAGAAGUUAGUAAAGGGAAAACAUAUUUUGUGAACCGGUACCAUCCAGAGAGACAUGAGCAGUGGUGCAGGAUACUAUACAAAGUUGAAGUUGUCAAUGAAGGAGAAAAAAUCAUAUGUGAGUGUGGAAAUUUUGAACACACUGGACUGCUCUGCUGCCAUGCUAUCAAGGUGCUUGAUUUCAUUGGCAUAGACCAUAUACACGCGAAUCAUAUUCUGAAGCGUUGGACAAAGGAUGCAAGGGAUAUUCUGCCAGCUCACCUCUCGUACCUUCAGAAGGAUAGCAUUUCUGUAAAUUCAGUAACGUUCAGGCAUGCAAAUGUGUACACACAUGCACUUGAAGUGGUUAGACUAUCGGAUGCAAAUCUAGAAGCAUAUGAGUGCGCGAUGGAGAUGCUUAAGAUAACAAUGGAUAAACUGACACCCAUUGCUGCUGUGCGUGAUGGAUGGGGAUUGGAAGACAGAAUUCAACAACUGACGGAUAAAGGUAAGGAAGCAGCAGCAGAAAUAGCACCACUAGUUAGUAAUACAAGUGAUGUUGAAUGCAGCGCAAUUGGGGAUUUCAUUGGCCUAAAAGCUCCAGAAUGGAAGAGAAAGGCUGGCCGACCAACGACAAGCAGAGACAAACCUCCGUACGAUGAUCGGGGCUGGAAAAGCAAGAAGUUCAAGAAGGCAGCGGGUGGAGAUGAUGCUGACAAAUGUGGAACAAGCAAGCGAACUCGUUUUUGCAGUAUAUGCCGAGAACCUGGGCACAAGAGCACCACCUGCCCCCAAAGAGGAGAUCUGCCUCCAAAACAAAGGAAAGAGGCAAAGUGUUCAAUUUGUGGCGUCGGUGGGCACAGAAGAAACACAUGCAACAAUCCAAAGGUUGUUCUGCAUGUUGUUGACAACACUAAUCUGCAUGAAAACGCAAUUAUAUCAUCUUCGUAAGCACAAGGCAUGCUAUUAUCUCCAUGUAAAAUUUGAGCUUAUCUGUACCAUGCAUGUAUAACUAUUCUGUGUGACAUGUCGGUAUGGCUGUCAAGUCUGUAGACUGGGACAAAUUACUGUCAUAAUAAAAACAAGUUCCUACUGCCACCA